AUGAAGUGGCUUACGAUCCUCGGGUUGGUGGCUCUCUCAGAAUGCUUGGUCAAAAUCCCUCUGAUGAAGAUCAAAUCCAUUCGAGAAAACCUCCGGGAAAAUGACAUGCUGAAAGAUUAUCUUGAGAAAUAUCCUUACAGCCUGGCCUAUAAGUUUCUUGAUCAAUAUCAGGACAAUGGAAUAUCUUUGGAACCCAUGAGGAACUACCUGGAUCUGGCCUACAUUAGCAUCAUCACCAAUGGAACACCGCCUCAGGAAUUCAAGGUCAUUCUGGACACAGGCUUCACUGACUUGUGGGUGCCCUCCAUCUACUGUGCCAGCCAAGCCUGCACUAACCACAAUAUCUUCAACUCUCUGCUGUCCUCCACGUUCCGGGUCUCAGGCCGGCCCAUCAGCAUCGCCUAUGGCACCGGGCAAAUGUUGGGAUUUCUUGGCUAUGACAAUGUUAAGAUCGGGGACCUUGUGGACAUAGGCCAGGGGUUCGGCCUGAGUGUCAAGGAGCCUGACAAGUUCAUGAAAUACACGGUCUUCGAUGGCAUCCUGGGACUGGGCUACCCCAGCCUUGGCAUUGGAGCCACCCCUGUCUUUGAUAACCUGUGGAACCAAGGCCUCCUUUCUCAGAACCUCUUUGCCUUCUACUUGAGCAGGUAAGUGUGGGCUAGACAAGCCCUU